GGCGGGGACCAGGCGGGGACCAGGCGGGACAGGCGGGACCGGUGGCAACCCCGCGCCCGCGCCCGCGCCCGCCCCCCGCCCCCAGGCUCGGGGCGCAGCUCUCCCGCCCCCCGAGUUUCCUCUCUCCGGGGCCUGCGGAAAGUUUGGGGCGCCCCGCCCGCCACCAUGAAGUCGGCGGAGGAAGAAACUCCAGAGGUCCUGCCCCUGUCCUGGGGGAGCAGGGCCAUGGCGCCCCCGCCAGGUGUCUGCAGACAAAGCCAGCCUGUUCCCGCCAGUGCCGCCGUCCAGGGAGCAGGCCCGGCGCCGUCCCCCCCAGACUGGGCCGCGCCCGCCAAGCCAAACACCCCAGCCGCCUGCCCAGAGGAGCCUGGAGCCCGGGUGUGGUCUGGGACCGUCCUCAGCUCCUGGGGAUGCGGUGCCCGGGACCCGCCUCGGACCCGGGCCGCCAUGACGCGGUUGGAGGAGGACCCAGAGUUCGACUUCGAGUUCCUCUUUGAGUUUAACCAGAGCGGCCCGGGCGCCACCACAGAGCACUACACCUACCCGUCCUCCAGUCUGGGCCCGGCGCUGCCUCUGCCCACAGCACCCCCCACGGUCUCAGGGUGCCAUGAGCUGCAAACAGUCGGCCUGGGGGGCCCGCCAGGGGGCUACGGGGCUGUGGUGGACGCUGCCCCGGGCUACUUCCUGGCGGGUGGUGGGCGGCCCAACGGGGCCCCCCCGGCUCUGGAGAGUCCCCGCAUCGAGAUCACGCCCUACCUGGGCCUCCACCCACACAGCCAGUUCUUCCCGGACACCGAGCUGGACGCACUGCCCGGAGCCCGGCGCCCCUCCAACACGGCCACCCUGGGCCUGCCCCCCCUGGACGCCUACCGCGACCCCAGUGGCCUGAGCCCAGCCAGCAGCCUGUCCUCACGCAGCGGCCACUCCGAGGCCUCGUCUUUCGAGUCCGGCUGCUCCUACAGCUAUGUGUCCCCGCAGACGUCCCCCUGGCAGUCCCCCUGCGUGUCCCCCAGGGCCGCCGAGCCAGAUGACGCCUUUCCUCGUGGCCUGGGCAGCCUGCUGGGAUCCCCAAGGCCCUCGCCCGCAGCCUCCCCAAGGCCCGGCCUGGGCGAAGACGGCUGGCUAGCCGAGCGCCCCUCACGGCCCUGCUCUCCCUCUGGCCACAAGCGCCGCCUGGCUCCGACCGGCUCCCCGCAGCCCUCUCCCGGCGCGUCCCCUGCAGGCUCCCCGAGGCUCAGCGUGACAGAGGAUUCCUGGCUGGGCGCCGGCCACUUCCCCAGCUCAGCCAUCGUGGCCGCCAUCAAUGCAUUGAGCACGGACGGCCUGGACCUGGGUGACGGCCUGCCCCCCAAGGCCCGUCGCACUGCCGAGCCGCCCACCCCAAGCCUGGCGCUCAAGCUGGAGCCCGCCUGUGAGGACCUGGGUGCGCCGGGCCCUCCAGCCACUGGCUUCUCUGGGGAUGGCCCCCCACGCAAGCCCACCUUCUGUGACCAAUUCCUGGCCGUGCCCCAGCCGCCCUACACCUGGGCUCGGCCCCGCUCCCCCGUGGCCUUCAGCCCUACCCUGCCCGCCCUGGACUGGCAGCUACCCGCCCGCUCAGGCCCCUAUGAGCUGAGGAUGGAGGUGCAGCCCAAGUCCCACCACCGCGCCCACUACGAGACGGAGGGCAGCCGGGGCGCCGUGAAGGCUGCAGGCGGCGGACACCCCAGCGUGCAGCUGCAUGGCUACGUGUCCAGUGAGCCCCUGACUCUGCAGCUGUUCAUCGGGACGGCUGACGACCGGCUCCUGCGGCCGCACGCCUUCUACCAGGUGCACCGCAUCACAGGCAAGACAGUGGCCACCAGCAGCCAGGAAGCCGUGCUGGCCCACACCAAGGUGCUGGAGAUCCCUCUGCUGCCCCAGAACCACAUGCGCGCCGUCAUCGACUGUGCAGGGAUCCUGAAGCUGCGGAACUCAGACAUCGAACUGCGCAAGGGGGAGACGGACAUCGGCAGGAAGAACACGCGUGUGCGGCUGGUCUUCCGUGUGCACGUGCCCCAGCCUGGUGGCCGCACGCUGUCCCUACAAGUGGCCUCCAACCCCAUCGAGUGCUCCCAGAGGUCAGCACAGGAGCUGCCCCUCGUGGAGAAGCAGAGUGCGGCCAGCGGCCCUGUGCUGGGCGGGAGGAAGAUGGUGCUGUCCGGCCACAACUUCCUGCCUGACUCCAAGGUCAUCUUUGUGGAGAAGGCACCAGAUGGGCACCACGUGUGGGAGAUGGAGGCCAAGACAGACCGGGACUUGUGCCAACAGAACUCCCUAGUGGUGGAGAUCCCUCCUUUCCGUAACCUGAGAAUCAGCAGCCCUGUGCAGGUCAGCUUCUACGUCUGCAAUGGGAAACGGAAACGCAGCCAGCUCCAGCCCUACACCUACCUGCCGGCCCACGCACCCAUCAAGACAGAACCGGCGGAUGAGUAUGAUGACUGCAGUCCCCUGGGCUUCAGCCCCCAGCUGGGCCUGGGACCCUCACCUACCGCCUGCAUGCUGCCAAGCGGUCCCCCCCUGCUGGCCCCCACACCCAGCACCAGCCCCAUGCUGCACGAGCUCACCCCCGCAGCCCUCAAGGCCGGCCCCACACUCUGCCACCUGGGCCUGGCAGCUCCCAGCACCCAGGACCUGCUGCCUGGACCCCCCCAGCCAUCUGCCUUGCUGCAGCCACAGUAAAUAGGACUGUCUACAUGGUGUGGCCAAUGGGGGUCCAGGCCUGGCUGUCUCGGACCGCCCGCACUGGCCACAGUGAGCAGAGCUCGGCCGCCAUCCCCGGGCCCGGCAGCCCUGCCCGAGGAGCCCCCCAGAGGCCACUUUCUGGGGGGGAGCGAGCUGGCCGCUGGAGCUCCUACAAAGAGUGUCCACUCCAGGAGACAGUGACCGUGGGGGCAUCCUCAGGCCGCUGGAAAGUGCAGUGGAUGGCACCCUGGGCAGGAGCCUGGACAUGCCCUAGCAGACUCUCGGGACUCAGCCUACAAUCUGCUCCUGGACAGUAUCAGCAGGACCAGAAGCCGUGAGAACUCCCUUCUGGACGUCCCCCGUGUCCGCCCAGAGGGCGCUGGCCAGCUCGGUUUGUGGACACCCGGGGAGCCCCGGCAGCGGGUGCAGUUGGCCUCCCUGGCUUGGCCAUGACCCCUCCCUGCCUCGCGCUGCCACAUGGACCCUGCCGGCCCACCUUGCCCCCUUGCCCGCAGCCCAAGGAGGCUGAGUGGUGGUGGCCGAAAGCCCCCGCCUCCUGAGGGAGCUCCCUGGCAUGUGCGUGUCAGCGUGCGGGAACCUUGUGCAUGCAGAGGCAGGCAUGUGAGCACGUGUGGGCCUCCUUGUGCGUGCAGAUGCAGGCGUGUGAGCACGUGUGGGCCUCCCUGUGCGUGCAGACUCAGGCGUGUGAGCACGUGUGGGCCUCCCUGUGCGUGCAGACGUAGGCUGUGAGCACGUGUGGCCCCUGGUGCAGGGCUGCGUCUUGGGGAGCCCCUGCCGUCUCCCCACUGCCUCCCCCACCCCAGCUGCCCUCCAGGACCCUCAGGGAGCCGGGAGGGGCCAGCGCCCAGCACCGCACCUGGGAAAGGGUCUGAGAGGGGCAGGACGUUUGUUCAGCUGCAGGACUCACUUCACAGAAGCCCAGGUCCCACUUGGUGGGGGAGACACCCCACAUCCAGCCUGAAAGGUGCUGUGUGGGCGCGGGGGUGUGGCCCUCCUGUUGGGCAGCCCUGCCUCCAGCCUUAGCAGUGGCCGCCCCCUACUGGCGCGGGCGGUACCUGCACCCGGGGACCCUAGCGAUGGCCACCGUGAUCCUGGGGUGGCUCCCACAGACACCUGCUUCCCACCCAUCCCCACCAAGGACGCCCUCUGAUAUGACCUCCCGGGGCAGGCGAGUGACCGCCCACCCCUGCCCCCACCCUGCAUGACCCUUUGGGGGAUGUCCUGCAGAGGCCAUCUGGGUAUCUUGUAGUUAGGAGAGACAAUAAAGUCCUGUCAACCUGCA